UCUUUGCAAAUCUACCCGUUUGCAGAUGUUGUAGGAUCAGCUAUUGGUUUCACAGUGUUCAGUGCUCUUCUCUCUUCAUGGGCGCUUACCUUUGCCAUCGGAGGGGAACAGCUUUUCGGCCAUGUUUGGGAUGAACUAGUCAUGUACAAUGUUGCUGACAGAUAUGGUUUGUCAGGUUGGAUCUAGUCAUAUGCCUUCUUUCCGAUUCAUCUGGUAACAUCGAGGGCCGUUGUAUAUUCUUUUGCUUAAACUAUGUACAAUGAAAUUCCAAUUGGGGCCCCCUCAUACUGUGUUGUGCCUUACUUGUUAUCAAAAGAUUUGAAGUUACAUCAUUGGCUAUUAUUAGUCAUUACUGGAACUAGCAUCCCCUUAACAGAGCUCUGAGCUUGAUUAUAUGCAUUUCGACUGAAAAAUGGAACACCUUGGAAUUUAAC